UGUGCAGGAUGGAGAAAAGUUGUCCGAGUCCAUCAUGAAGACUGUCCUGGCCUUGUCUACAGUGUAUUACUGGCUGCCUAAGAGCCAAGGUGUUUGCAUGCGGCGUCAGGUCAGAGAUGCCACCGUGGAGGUUCUGGAGGGCAUCACGCAGCUGCUGGAGGUCAUACUGAGCUCGCCCCUGCAGAGUCUGUCCCAAGAGCAGCUGACGUCAACAGGAAGCGUGUGGUCGGCUUGUGACCGGUUCACUCAGCUGGCGAAAGGUCAGUCGGAUUAAAAGUACAGAAAAAAGACGAGUCGGUGUGUUGCCGUGACAACCACUCACCUGUUCCUGAAGCCUUAGCGCAGGAGUGUCAAACUCAUUUUGGUUCACGGGUUGCACGCGUGCAACCCGUUUAGCUGUCGGUGUGGGCCGCACCGGUA